UUCAGAGUCAAUGUUCCUCACACACCUUCAACAAUGGAUAUUCAAGUUAGCUAUUUUGUUUCUUGUCUCUUCUCUCUCUUACUAGUUGCAGUAGUACUCUCCAUGAUCACUUUCUUGAAACACAAGAAAAGCUACAGCAAAACCAAGGAGGAGCUACCGCCAGGGCAGAUGGGACUCCCUUGGAUAGGCGAAACAAUGGAGUUCUAUAACGCCCAACGUAAGAACAAAUUAUUCGAGGAGUUUGUUCAGCCCCGUAUCAGAAAAUAUGGAAAUAUCUUCAAGACAAGGCUAAUGGGAUCACCAACAGUAGUGGUGAACGGAGCAGACGCUAAUCGGUUCUUCCUGUCGAAUGAGUUCAAGCUAGUGAUAAGCUCCUGGCCUUCUUCGUCAGUUGAGCUGAUGGGCAAGCAAUCCAUCAUGGAAAAGCACGGGGAGAGGCACCGCUGGCUUCGUGGGAUUAUCGGCACAAGUCUUGGCUAUGCAGGGCUUGAGCGUUUAGUGCCCAAAAUUUGCAAUUCUGUUCAGUUGCACCUAAAAACAGAGUGGCAUGGCAAAGAGAAGAUUAUAAGCCUUUACCGUUCCACAAAGAUUUUGAUGUUCACCGUAGUGUUUCAGUGCUUGCUGGGGAUCAAGGUGGAGCCGGGAAUGUUGGAGACUUUCGAGAGAGUUUUGGAAGGUGUUUUUGCUCCGCCAAUUAAGCUUCCUGGCUCCAAGUUUUCGAGAGCGAGGAAGGCAAGGCGGGAGAUAGAAAAGCUGUUGCUUAAGGCGGUGAGACAGAAGAGGAAGGAGAAGAUGAUGAUGGAAGAAGGUAGGUUUGAAUGGCAAGAAGACGAUGAUGGGACGUUGAUGUCAAGAUUAGUGGGUGGGAUGAUUGAAGGAAAGAUUAGCGAAGAGGAAGUUGUCGAUAACGCGGUGUUGCUGGCUUUUGCAGCUCAUGACACAACUUCUUAUGCCAUUGCCAUGACAUUCAGAAUGUUGGCUCACCACCCUCACUGCUAUUCACUACUUGUUCAAGAACAUGUUGAUAUAAUGAGCAAAAAAAUAGCGGGCUAGAAUUUGACAUUGGAAGACACGAAGAAGAUGAAGUAUACCUGGAAAGUAGCUCGUGAAAGCAUGCGGCUGUUCCCUCCCAUCUUUGGUUCUUUCAGGAAGGCAAUUGCAGACAUUGAAUAUGAAGGAUUCACCAUUCCCAGAGGAUGGAAGUUGUUGUGGACAACAUAUGGAACCCAUUACAAUGGCGAUUAUUUUGACGAUCCGGUGAGUUUCAGUCCAAGUAGAUUUGAGGAGGCGAUACCAGCAUACGUAUAUGUUCCCUUCGGAGGAGGGCCGAGAGUGUGCGCAGGGUACCAACUGGCAAAGUUGAAUAUCCUCGUCUUUCUUCAUUUUAUUGUAACUCAAUACGAUUGGUCUUUGCUCUAUCCAGAUGAGCCAAUAACGGUCGACCCUCUUCCUCUUCCUUCGCGUGGAAUGCCCAUCAAAGUCUCUCCUAAAAACCUCUUAUAAACCAACUUGUAAACCUUGAGUAUUUAAUGUUCUAGCUCGAUUCCUUUGAUUUUGUUUUGGAACACAAGUCGAGCUCGAGUUUGUUAUCGAACUACAUAAUCUCUCCAAUCUCGGUUCAUUUAUUUUUCGAACCAACUUGAACUUGUUCACAAGUUGCUCGCUCAAUUAACGUAUUCAUCUCUUAUACAUACAAGGUUUCCACU